UCUUAACGAACGGUGUUUGACAGUCGACUUAACGAAGGGCGCUAUUUCAAGAAAUGCAAGAAAUAGCGCCCGUCUGACAGGUAGAUUUGCUGCCAACCUUGUCGAGAUGUGCUGAGAUGUUGGCAACAAAAACAUGGCACCCAUCGCAAGCCCCUGGAUUUGCGAAUCACGAUCAGGUCAGGACAAAAACUCGGCGAAGAAAAAAAAACGAUAUUAAAUUAGGUAUCAGCUAUUUAAAAAACAGUAUAAUUUGGUAAUAAUAUUAUUUAUGGAUACAGUCAGGUUAAAUAUACAAAAAUAUGCCGCGGGUGGCCAAGAAGAUAACUACUGUCGGCUUUGUUUCGUAAAAGCCUUCAAAUUACGUUGCGUGUUUCCUUAUGGGGAUAAUCCGGAUAAUGCUCUAUCCCGUAAAAUUUCCGAACUCACAUUGGUCAAACUAAAUCAUACCAGUGAACCCGAUUGUUGCGUAUGUUCGCGCUGUGUAACAAUCCUGGAAGAAUUUAGUCAAUUUCGCCAGCAAUGUGAAUUGUACAAUAGGUUACUUCUUGAAGCACAAAGCCAACUCGAAACGAUAACGACGGAUAGAUUUGUGUCAGUCAGUAUUCCUUUGACAGAACCAGACCCAACAGCCACAUCCUACAAGCAUACAUCGUCACAGGAAACUAACCAUGAAGAUAUUGAUCCUUUCGAGGAUCGAAACUCUACCGAUGUGGAAUCAGAAGACAUUUCGAGUAGCAAAAACAAUAAUACUUUAACUAGGUCGACGAAAAGGAAUAGAAAAUUGCCCAAACGUUUUCGAAAAUCCUCUACGAGUUGCAGUGACGCAUCGAGUAUCGACGAACCAAUAUAUGAAUCAGAUGACAGUUUCAAGCCUACUCGAAAAGCAAGAACUAGCCUGGACCAGCAUGAGAUAGAGUUCACACCAGUUAAAAAGAAACGAGGUCGCAAAUCAAAAGCGAAAUUUCUAGAAAUAUCGCAACCUAAACCUAGUUGUUCGAAAACCAAGAUGGCUAAAAUGUCCAGUUCUUCCGAUUUUAAAUUGUACAAUGCGGGGCAUGGUACCAUCAAUAUAGUAUUUCAGAACUAUCGGUACGUUAAGUUUCGGUAUUACAAGACAUCCUCUGAAAUCCGUUUUGGAUGGCAUUGUAUCGAACGUGAUUGCAAUGCUGCAAUAUACACGAGAAGCUCGGCUGAGAAAAAAAUUUUUUGGCGUGAAAGGUCCCAUCAGCAUAAUCACGAACCAAAUAGUUUGGAUAAUUAUGUCGCUGCCAAGUUGGAAGAUUUAACAGCAGUGGAUCAUGAUGCAGAUCAAGAAAUAAUAUCGAGUGGCCGUGGGCGAUACAAUUACAGCAUGGUUAGGCUCCCUUCGGGAGAAGUCGUAUUAGUGUACGGAGAUCACCAACAUCGGCUGCUGACAACAAAGUCUGAUGGUACCAACAUUUACGGGUGCACUGUAAGUUCCUGUCGUGCGCUAAUUUAUUUCUCGAAAGAUGGCGAUCUUAAAAUAUACAGCGGAAGCAGCUGUAAUGAUUUUCAAGGUGUUUCUGAACGUCAUUAUCGUCGAUCACAAAAAAUUCUUACAUUUCAAGGAUACUAUUAUAUGUUCAGUGGAAGAAAACUGGAAAAUAAGCGGUUAGUUUGGCACUGUUACCUGCGAAAAUCGCAUAACUGUCCAAACAUAAUUUACUCGACAGAGGAUAAUGUUAUUGAAACAUCAAAACAUCAAGUUAAAUUGCCUCAUAAUCAUGAGUUGGAUGCUUAUAAUCUAGAGAAAGGUUUGCAUAUUGUGGAAGGACAGAAAGGAGUGCUACCAAUUGAAUCGACUAAUUAUCAUGUCGCUAAAAACCAGCUAGGAACUGAUUUCAUUAUUUUUGAAGGACUUCGUUACACUAUAAUGAAUACUAGAGUUGAUGGCACCAAAGCUUGCCGUUGCUUAGAGGAUGACACCUGUGCCGCAUAUAUUUACCUGAUGCCAAAUGGAAUCGUGCUCAAAUUUAUCGGGAAAAAUGAACAUAGCCAUCCAUUAGCCGUACAAGAAAAAGGUAUAGAAGAAUUUGAUUAUGUAAUCGAAACUAAACAUGUAGAAAGAAAUGGGCCGAUUUACAAGUUCUACAAUGGUUAUUUGUAUAAACGGCAGUGUCGAAGGGAAAACUCCACCUACUACUAUCGAUGUACCGAGCGCAAAAAAGGUUGUAAUGCAGCCAUCACUUGCAAUGAAGAUGUUACUGUGAUCAGAGAAAAUCAAGAACCCCAUACACAUGACAUGACGCAGGAUGAACAGGACCGUCGGCUCACAUUGCUCGACUUGGAAGGUUCUAUGGAUUAUGUCAUAAGCGUUAAUAACGAUGGUUAUGAGGUGUUAACAUACAAGGGCAAUCGAUACUGCUACUUUUACUAUCAUAAAGAUGGCUGGCGUGUAUGGAGAUGCUUCACUGCAGCUCGCUGCAGAUCUACGUUAUUUCAAAAUUUGCCUGACCAUAGAAUAGUAGACGUAGAAAAGUUUCGUCACCACCAUGACACCAGAAAAAAUAAAACAGACGAUGCCGAAAAUGAUGAAGAAGUGCAGCAAAUCAAAGAAGAGAAGCGUAGCUUUAGUGAUUCAGACAGUAGAGAAAGUGCUGACUGGUUCUGA